AUGAGGCGUCGGUUCAUUCAAGAUCGCGAAUUCGGUUUACUGUAUCGCGACUUCAUGAACGAGUAUCUGACACUCGGACACAUGUCGCCUGUCUCCGCCGCGUCGCUCUCGCCAGGUUCCAGAAUCUGCUUCCUGCCUCACCACGGGGUGCUACGGAGCUCAAGCACGACCUCCAAGAUCCGGGUGGUGUUCAACGGCUCGGCGCGUACUGGCGGCGGGUCGUCACUGAACAACUGGCUGCUCACCGGACGUAACUUGCUGCCGUCGCUAGCCGAUACCUUGACUCGCUGGCGGCGACACCGCUAUGUCUUUGUCGCCGACAUCAAGAUGAUGUAUCGUCAGAUACAGCUGCACCGCGACGACCGGGACUUGCAGCGGAUCCUGUGGACAGAGGGAGAUGAGGUCAAGGAAUUCCAGCUGAAUUCCGUGACGUACGGCCUAGCGAGCGCACCGUACCUCGCCAUCCGCGUGCUCCAUCAACUCGCGAACGACGAGGUUGGCCGCUUUCCGCUGGGCGCCGAUGUACUGCGCCAGGAUGUCUACAUGGACGAUGUACUCACCGGAGCCGCCACCCUGGAUGCAGCGGACGACCUCCUGGACCAGGUGGCCGCGCUCUGUACGGCGGGCGGCUUCCCGCUUAGGAAGUGGGCUGCCAACGACGAUCGCCUCCUGGUAAAAAUCCCGCUCGCACAUCGCUUGGACGUCAUGACAGGUGCCCGACUGCCGUCUGAAAGUCACUCCGUCCUGGGCCUCCGAUGGAAUCCAAGGGAGGAUGUUCUCUCCCUCUCCGUACGACCAACCUCAACGGCUCUACCGACGAAGAGAUCGGUGCUCUCGCAGACAGCACGUCUCUUCGACCCACUAGGCUGGUUGGCGCCGAUCAUAGUACGUGCCAAGCUGCUCGUCCAAUCAGCCUGGAUACAGCAGCUAGACUGGGACGCUCCGCUGACAAGGGACGACGCCGCCGAGUGGACCCGCCUGGAAGAGGAGCUGCCCUUGCUUGAGGAGAUCAGGGUGCCACGCUGGUUCCAGGGUGACGCUGCAACCAACUCGCAACAACUGCACGGAUUCUGCGACGCCUCCGAACGAGCCUACGCUGCCGUGAUCUACCUCAGGGGCGUGAUCGACGUGACCCUGGUAAUCGCUAAGACCAAGGUCGCACCGGUCAAGCGUGUAUCGCUCCCCCGCCUGGAGCUUUGCGGGGCCACCCUCUUGGCUAAACUGGCCGAACACGUCCGGUCCUCCUUGGGCCUAGAAGGAUCGGCGAUGCAUCUUUGGACGGACUCCACAGUCACGCUCGGCUGGAUCCGAGGACACCCUGCAAGAUGGACAACAUUUGUAGCCAACCGAGUCGCCGAAAUCCACCGAGAGAACCAAGACGCAAAAUGGCGGCACGUACCCGGCAGAGACAAUCCAGCUGACUGCGCCUCCCGGGGGGUGUCGCCGAAGGAGCUGCUACGCCAUUCGUUGUGGUGGCAUGGGCCGACCUACCUCAGCGGUCAUCCUGACACCUGGCCGAAGGAUGUAGGAUCCCAGGAAGAGACCAGCCUGCCAAACAGCGACCGCAAAAAUGCCACGUGA